CAAUCUUCUUCAACGUUGAAAAUAAGCCUAUCGCAGCUUUUGCUGUUGUUUACUUGAGUGAACAAAAAGUAAACUUUAAAGUUUCAAAGAAUCCAGGUAUCACUUUGGCUGAAUCUGCCAGUGGUGUGAGAGGAAACUUUAAUGUUGCUCAAGUUCUUUCAAAGAAUACUAAACUCGCAGCUCAAAAUACUGAUGACGUUUUUGUUGCUUUUGAAACUGCUAGUGAAAUUGCUAAAUCAGGACUUAUUGAAGAAUUGGAUGUUUGCAUGCAAAGAUUAGAUGCUUUACUUACAACCAAGACAUAUUUCUCUGGUGAAGAUUUGUCUGUUUGUGAUUUGUGUAUUUAUGAAAGUCUUAAACAUCACAAAUUAGUUAUGGGAUAUUUGAAGAGAUUUGAAAAAUCAAUUCCAAAUGUUGUUCGUUAUUUCUUCACUAUUCAUAGAAAUCCAAAGAUUCAACAAGUUGUUAAAAUUUUGGAUAAUGCUGCUAAAGCUAUGACUAGUACUGAUGAAGUUUUAAAUCCAACUCCUGCUGCAAGGAUAACAAGUCAAAUUGUGACAAGACUGAAAAGAAGGAAUCUCAACCUGAAAUUAAUUUGGAACUUCCACAUGCUCAAAUGGGUAAAGUUGUUACCAGAUUCCCACCUGAAGCAUCUGGUUUCCUUCAUAUUGGUCACGCUAAGGCUGCUUUGAUGAAUAAUUAUUUUGCUAAGAAAUAUAAUGGUAAACUUAUUAUGAGAUUUGAUGAUACUAAUCCAGAUAAGGAAAGAGAAGAAUAUGAACAUGCUAUUCUCUCAGAUUUGGAAAGUUUAGGUGUUAAACCUGAUAUUCAUGUUCGUUCAUCUGAUCACUUUGAUAAGUGUAUUGAAUUUGCUGAACAAUUGAUUAGAGAAGGAAAGGCUUAUAUGGAUGAUACUGCAGUUGAAGAAUUGAGAAGAAUGAAAAUGGAAGGUAUUGAAUCUGCUAACAGAAAUAAUUCUGUUGAUAAGAAUAUGGAAAUGUGGAAGGAAUUACUUGCUGGUACUGAAAAUGGAAAGAAGUCAGUCCUCAGAGCUAAGAUUGAUAUGAAAUCAUUGAAUAAGACUAUGCGUGAUCCUGUUCUUUUCAGAAGUAAGGAUAAACCUCAUCCAAAACUUGGUGAUAAGUAUAAGGCAUAUCCAACUUAUGACUUUGUUUGUCCAGUUGUUGACAGUUUGGAUGGUGUUACUCAUGCUUUGAGAACUUCUGAAUAUAACGAUAGAAAUGAACAAUACUAUUGGAUUAUUGAUGCUUUGGGUAUUAGAAAGCCAUUCUUGUACGAUUUCAGUAGAUUGAACUUUGCUAAUACUGUCAUGUCUAAGCGUAAAUUGCAAAAGAUUGUUGAUAUUGGAGUUGUUGAAGGAUGGAAUGAUCCUCGUUUCCCAACUGUUCAAGGUCUCUUACGUAGAGGUUUGACUGUUGAAGCUUUGUACAAUUUCAUUUUGGAACAAGGUGCUUCUCGUAACGUUGUUACUAUUCAAUGGGAAAAGUUGUGGGCUGAAAAUAAGAAGGUUAUUGAUCCAAAGGUUCCAAGAUAUUGUGCUAUUGAAAAGACUGAUAUUGUUAAAUUCCAUUUAUCAAAUGGUCCACAAACUAUGGAAUCAAAGGAAAAUGCAAAGCACAAGAAGAAUGAUUCUCUUGGUAAGAAGACUACCUAUUAUACCAAUACCAUUUAUUUGGAUAGAGAAGAUGCUGCUGCCAUUGAACAAAAUGAAGAAGUUACUUUGAUGGAUUGGGGUAAUGCUAUUAUUCAAGAAAUUGUUAAGGAUGACAGUGGUAAGGUUGUUGAAUUGAAGGGUGUUUUGCACUUGGAAGGUGACUUUAAGAAGACUAAGAAGAAGUUGACUUGGUUGCCAGUUAACCCAGAAGUUAAUACUGAAAAUGUUCAAAUUGUUCAUUUCGGUCAUUUGAUUAACAAGAUUUCUUUAUCUUCUGAUGAUAAUAUUGAAGAUGUUGUUAAUCGUAAUUCCAAGACUGUUACUACUUCAAUUGGUGAUCAUAAUUUAAAGUCAUUGAAGAAGGGUGAUAUUAUUCAAUUGGAAAGAAGAGGUUAUUUCAUUUGUGAUGUUCCAUUUGAUGGAAAGUCAUUGACUUUAUUCAAUAUUCCAGAUAGUGUUUCAACAAAGACAACUGCUGCUGCUGCUUCUACUUCUAAAUAA